AUGAAGGUGCUAAGUUGGAAUGCUCGUGGGAUCGAGAACCCACGGACAUUCAGAGCAUUCCUUCGAUCGCUCAAAAUGAAGAAUCCCGACAUUGUGUUUCUUAUGGAGACACAUUUAUUGACACGACAAUUGGAGCAAAUUCGAGUGCGUAUUAACAUGGGUGGAUGUUUUAGGGUUAAUCGGAUACGAAUGGGUGGUGGUCUUGCCUUAUUUUGGAGACGAGACUUGCAGGUGCAAGUUAAAUCUUACUCAGUAGGCCAUAUUGACUCAGAAAUUCUACACCCAGUAAAAGGUUGGCUGUAUUUAACUGGUUUUUAUGGAAACCCAGAGGAAAAUCAAAGACACCAUUCUUGGGAGCUUUUACGUCGAUUACAAUCUACAUCUUCACCAGUGUGGUUUGUUCUUGGAGAUUUCAAUGAGAUUCUGAGUUUACGUGAUAAAUUGGGUGGUCUGCCUUUCUCUGGCUACCAUUAUACAUGGUCUAAUGGACGGGAAGGGGAGGCUAAUGUACAAGAGUUGCUUGAUAGAUCUUUCUGUUCUCUUGAAGGUCGGCUUGUGUUUCCAGCUGUUAACGUUCGUCAUCUUAUAUCUUCUGUAUCUGAUCAUUGUCCGAUACUUUUGGGUCUAGAUGAUUUCAGUGAAAGGAACAUUCAGUUUGGCAAGAGGUUUCAUUUUGAAGCCAUUUGGACUAAGGAAAUUGAGUGUGAACAGAUUAUUGGUAACGUAUGGGGCUCUGCAAGUGACGGGCAACGGCAUAAUACCAUUAUAGGUGUUACUGAUGGUUUGGGAAUUUGGGAUGAUAAUCCAGUUUCUUUCCCUAAGGUUUUCCUUAAUUAUUUCGACAACCUGUUUUCUACUGGUGGCUCUUUGGUAGAUGAAGAUGUUUUAUUUGGAGUUCAUGGAAGAGUUUCAGAUGAAAUGAAUUUGAACUUAUCUCGCCCAUUUACUACAGAUGAAGUGAAGGCUAGUUUAUUCCAAAUGCAUCCCACAAAAGCCCCGGGUUGUGAUGGAAUGCCUGCAUUGUUUUUUCAAGAAUAUUGGCCAAUUGUUGGUCCGCAAUUAACGGAGGCAUGUCUGGAUGUUUUAAAUAACAAUGGUGAUGUAAGCGUGGUAAAUCACACUUUGAUUGCUUUAAUUCCAAAGAUAAAGGAGCCUAGGCAGGUAGCGGACUACAGACCAAUAAGUUUAUGCACUGUUAUUUAUAAAGUUAUUUCAAAGACAAUAGUGAAUAGACUUAAACCCAUUUUACCAUUGAUUAUGUCUCGAGAGCAAAGUGCCUUUGUGCCUGGUAGGCAGAUAACAGACAACAUUAUGGUUGCUUUUGAGUUAUUACAUAAGCUUGGUAAGCAUCAAUCUUCUUCUAACCCCUUGAUGGCUAUUAAGUUGGACAUGAGUAAGGCAUAUGAUCGGGUUGAAUGGGGUUUUUUAUAG